AUGUCCAAAGAGUUUAACCUCGACUCUCCUUCUGGCAAGGAAUUUAGCCGUUCACUAAGUAACGUCGAGACCGCAAAGAGCCAUGGCGUCCAACGCAGUCGUUUGCGCUCCAUUUUCAUAGUCAUCACUUGCACCGCCGCAAUGGUCGUCAAUAUAUCUAAUACCACCUCUGUCUCCAUCUCGCUCCCUACAAUCGAGAAGGACUUAGUAAUCGAGGAAGAGCAACUUCAGUGGCUCGUAUCCGCCUAUUCCCUCAGUUCUGGUUGCCUUCUUUUGUUCUUUGGCAGAUUGGCGGAUCUUUACGGACGAAAAAGGGCGUUUAUGCUUGGUACUCUUUGCCAGGUUGCCUUUUCUCUUGGUUGUGGCUUUGCACAAGAUGGUCUCACUCUCGCCGUCUUGCGUGGCUUCCAAGGCGUUGGUGGCGCUGCUACAAUACCAUCCGCACUCGGUAUCUUAGCGCAUGCCUUCCCUCCAUCAAGAGCGCGUUCAACGGCAUUCGCUACCUUUGCAGCAGGUGCUCCCGUCGGGGGCGCAUUUGGCAUGCUUAUCGGCGGUGUCCUGACUCAACUGACCUCGACGCAUUGGCGCUCUGUAUUUUAUAUGGCUGCAGCGACUUCAGCUCUCAUUGGAGUUUCCGGUCUCAUUUCAUUCGAUGCUGACAUUCCAUCGGCGGAACUUGUCAAACGUGUUGACUGGAUCGGCGCUUCGCUUAUCACAAUUGGAUUGGUUUUGAUUGUAUUCGUACUCGGUCAAGGAGAAAUUGCUUCGGAUGGCUGGAAAACCCCAUAUAUCAUCGCGCUCCUUAUCCUUGGGGUUAUCAUGGUUGCACUAUUCCUGGUUUGGGAGUGGAGGCUAGAACGAAUCCUCGACGAGGAUCCAUCAAGAGCGACAUCCAUGUGGACACCGCCGCCGCUUAUGAAGCUCUCGCUCUGGGCUAGGGCAAGAGGUCGCAUGGCUGUCAUUCUUGUUAUCGCAUUCCUCAAUUGGAGUGCUUUCAUUGGCUGGAGCUUCUGGGUGCAGUUGUAUUAUCAAAACUACCUGUUGUUAUCACCGGUCAAAACUAUGAUCCGAUUCAUUCCCAUGUUUAUCGUUGGCUGUUUAUGCAACUUUUUCGUGGCAAUGGUCGUCGCAAGACUGCCCAUAGUUAUUUUUGUAGGCAAGUUCACCGGAUCGCUUUUGACGGCAACCGCCGCCAUGCUAUUUGCCCUGAUCGACCCAUCUGUGACAUACUGGGCCUUCUCUUUCCCAUCCACAAUUCUCAUCGUGUUCGGCGCCGACUUUGUGUACUCCUCUGGUACGAUCUUCAUCGCCAAAACCUCACUCCCACACGAACACAGCACGGCCGGCGCACUAUUCCAGACUAUGACACAGGCAAGUUCCAUCGGUACCGCAUUCGGUCUAACUAUAUCCACCAUAGUGUUCAACACCGCGGUCGAUAGCGAGUCUGCCAAAUUGGGCGUCACCGUCAACGCUAGUGGCACCAACGCCCCCAUGUCCGCGCAACUCGUGGGAUAUAAAGAUGCGCAAUGGACCUCCGUUGCAUUUGCCUUGAUGGGUGCGCUACUGGGAGCGCUUUUCCUCUACAGUGUUGGUAUCGUCGGACACCAGAGGGUUAUUAGACAUGUUGAUUCUGAUGAGACUAUGGCUGCUCGGCAUGAAUCUAUCGACGACGAGAUACCUCCUAGGCCCAAUUAA